CCUGUUUGGGUUGGGAAGAUCGAACCAGUCCUCAUCAUCAGCUUCCUCAAGUUCUCCGUCCUUCCCCUGCAGGACGCUGGCUGCAGAGCGAGCCCGUCUCUUCCCGAAGCUCUCCAGGCUGGUGUGGCUCAGGUAGCGGCCUCCUUCUCCCUCCACCUCGCUGUCGUCUAUGACGGGAGUCACCAGCUGGCUCCCCGAGCCCUCUCGCUCGUCUUCCCCCGCCGCGGGACUCGUGCUCAUGUAGUCUCUGCUGUGGAAAGACCGACCCAGCAGACCAGAGCCGCUACUGGACUCGCCUCGGCCGCUGUUGAGAGGAAUAGAGCGCUGAGAAGAGGAAGAGUGCGGCAAAGACGUCAUUUUGUUCCUCUGUCUUUGGUCGGAGAUGUCCCAAAACUGCAAUUUUGCACUUUGUUUUUCGUAUAAAUAGAAAACUGCACAAGGGCGCUUCUCUGCUAGGUUUAGAGGUCCGUGUCACGAGGAUGAAGAGGUGGAAAAGAUUAGCAGUGUCCUGCAGAGCAUGGCGCGUUCUCUCGUCCUGUCCCCCGGCGACGACAUCAGCAGCAGUCCCGAGUGCGCUCCACCACGUGGGCGCAGCCACUCCAAAUAGAGCGCACCAUCCAGUAUAUCUCCUUCGAGCCUGUGGCGGCGUCAGGACGUUCCACUCGGGAACUAAGUCAGACCAGAAGGAAGACUAUUACAAGACACUCGGUGUACCUCGCAACGCCAGUCAGAAGGAGAUCAAGAAGGCCUACUAUGAGCUGGCAAAAAAAUAUCAUCCUGACCGAAAUGAAGGAGAUCCAAAUGCAGCCAAACAGUUCACCAAGAUCGGAGAGGCCUAUGAG